CCGGGGAAAGGGAGGACACUCUUUCCGGGCGCCGAAGCUCACCUUCUGAUCUUAGUGCUGACAGCCGCCCCAGCUGUGUCCUCAGGCUGGCUUUCGGACUUCUCCCGGCCGCAGGCUCUGUGGGCAGCCCCGCGGGACCCGCCAGCCACGCAAUGAAGGCAGUGACGUUUGAGGAUGUGGCUGUGAACUUCACCAUGGAGGAGUGGGCUUUGUUGGAUCCAUCCCAAAAGGAGCUCUACAGAGAUGUGAUGUGGGAAAACUUUAGAAAUGUGACUGCAAUAGGGGGAAACUGGGAUGACCAGCAAAUUGAAGAUGAGUACAAAAAUUUCAGGAAAAAUCUAAGAAGUGCAGAGAUAGAUAAAUGCUCUCUCUCUAAAUUAUGGCAUCAACCUGGAGAAAUGGUUUUUAUGACUCCUGAUACAAAUGUAUACAUGAAACUGCUUGGUACAAAACCAGGUGAAAGCCUUGCAUGUGGAAAGGCUCUGAUUGGUCAUUCAUCACCGACUGUGCCCAUCCUACAUAACACUGGACUUAAAUCAUAUGAGCUGUGUGGAUUUGGACAGAAGCUGUCUAACUGUAACAGACAUGGGAUAACCUUCACUGAAUUUCAGUCCUUGCAGAAACAUGCAAAGACAAAUCCUGAAGAAAAACCAUAUGGAUAUCAGCAAUGUGGAAAAUCUGAUUCUGAUUGCACUAAAAGAAGUAACAAUGAAGAGAAAGCCUUUGUAUAUAAGCAGGAUUUCAGAGCCUUUAGUACACUCAACUAUAUUCAAAUUCAAGAAAGAAAUCACAGUAAGGGGAAUACCUAUAUAUGUAUAGAACGUGCCAAAAGUUUGACUUCUCAUCAAAAUAUUCACAAGCAUGAAAGAUUCACUGGGACAAAAUCAUACAUAUAUAAACACAGUUGGAAAUCUUUAAAUAAUAACACUUUAUUUGGUAAACAUGAAAGAAGUCACACCGGGGGAAAACCCUACGUAUGUAAACAAUGCGGAAAAUCUUUCAGAACACAGAGAUAUUGUCAAAGACACGAACAAAUUCACACUGUGGAGAAACCCUAUGUAUGCAAGCAAUGUGGAAAAGCUUUCACCACACACAGUUAUUGUCUAAUACAUGAAAGGAACCACAGUGGGGAGAAACAUUAUGUAUGUAAGCAAUGUGGAAAAGGUUUCAGCACCCACAGUAUAUGUAAAAGUCAUGAAAGGACUCACAGUGGGGAGAAACGCUAUGUAUGUAAGCAAUGUGGGAAAGCUUUCACCAGACACAGUUAUUGUAAAAUACAUGAAAGGAUUCAUACUGGGGAGAAACCUUAUGUAUGUAAGCAAUGUGGGAAAGCUUUCAGGACACACAGUUAUUGUCAAACACAUGAAAGCAUUCACACUGGGGAGAAACCUUAUGUAUGUAAGCAAUGUGGGAAAGCUUUCAGCACACACAUUUAUUGUCAAAGACAUGAAAGGACCCACAAUGGGGAGAAACCUUAUGUAUGUAAGCAAUGUGGGAAAGCUUUCACCACCCACAGUUAUUGUCAAACACAUGAAAUGACUCACAGUGGGGAGAAACCCUAUGUAUGUAAGCAAUGUGGGAAAGCCUUCACCAGACACAGUGAAUGUAAAAGACAUGAAAGGACUCACACUGAGGAGAAACCUUAUGUAUGUAAGCAAUGUGGGAAAGGUUUCAUGACACCCAGUCAUUGUAAAAUACAUGAAAUGACUCACACUGGGGAGAAACCUUAUGUAUGUAAGCAAUGUGGGAAAGCUUUCAGAACACACAGUUACUGUCUAAUACAUGAAAGUACCCAUACUGGGGAGAAACCUUAUGUAUGUAAGCAAUGUGGGAAAGCUUUUGGCACUUAUCAUACACGUAAAAGUCAUGAAAGGACUCACGGUGGGGGAAAACCCUAUGUAUGUAGGCAGUGUGGGAAAGCUUUCAGCACACACAGUUAUUGUAAAAUACAUGAAAGAACUCACACUGGGGAGAAACCCUAUGUAUGUAAAUAUUGUGGAAAAGGUUUCAGUGCUCGCAUCUAUUGUCAAAGACAUGAAAGGACCCACACUGGGGAGAAACAAUAUGUAUGUAAACAAUGUGGGAAAGGUUUCGUGACACCUAGUCAUUGUAAAUCACAUGAAAGGACCCACACUGGGGAGAAACCUUAUGUAUGUAAGCAAUGUGGGAGAGCUUUCAGAACACACAGUUACUGUCUAAUACAUGAAAAUACCCACAAUGGGGAGAAACCUUAUGUAUGUAAGCAAUGUGGGAGAGGUUUCAGCAAACAUAGUAUAUGUAAAAGUCAUGAAAGGACUCACAGUGGCGAAAAACCCUAUGUAUGUAAACAGUGUGGGAAAGCUUUCACCAGAAACAGUCAUUGUCAAGAACAUGAAAAGACUCACAAUGGGGAGAAACCCUAUAUAUGUAAGUAUUGUGCAAAAGGUUUCAGCACUCGCAUCUAUUGUCAAAGACAUGAAAGGACCCACACUGGGGAAAAACCUUAUGCAUGUAAGCAAUGUGGGAAAGGUUUCAUGACACCUAGUCAUUGUAAAGCACAUGAAAUGACUCACACUGGAGAGAAACCUUAUGUAUGUAAGCAGUGUGGGAAAGUUUUUAGCAAACACAGUAUAUGUAAAAGUCAUGAAAGGACUCACAGUGGAGAAAAACCCUAUGUAUGUAAGCAGUGUGGGAAAGCUUUCACCAGAAACAGUCAUUGUCAAGAACAUGAAAGGACUCACACAGGGGAGAAACGCUAUGUAUGUAAAUAUUGUGCGAAAGGUUUCAGCACUCGCAUCUAUUGUCAAAGACAUGAAAGGGCCCACACUGGGGAUAAACCUUAUGUAUGUAAGCAAUGUGGGAAAGGUUUCAUGACACCCAGUCAUUGUAAAGCACAUGAAAGGACUCACACUGGGGAGAAACCUUAUGUAUGUAAAAAAUGUGGGAAAGCUUUCAGAACACACAGUUAUUGUCAAAUACAUGAAAGGACCCACAGUGGGGAGAACCCAUAUGUAUGUAGGUAAUGUGGGAAAACUUUCAACACAACUGUCAAGUACAUGGAAGGACUCACAGUGGCAGAAACCCUAUGCUUUCAAGUAAUGUGGGAAAGCUUUCAGAAUACACAAUUGUCAAAACCAUGAAAGGAAUCACACAGUGUUAAAACCCUGUGUAUGUUAGCAAUAUGUAAAAGGCUUCAGUUACUCUAGUAAUCAUCAUAGACAUUAAAAACUUAAAAGAGGAAAUUAACUUUGAUUAUAUAGUGACUUGCAGUGAUAUGAAAGGACAGUGCAGAGAACCCCUCUGUAUAUGCAAUAUUCAAAAAUCUUUGAGCACACAGGUAAUAUUACCUGAAAGAAUUUAUAGAACAGAGAAUCUGAACAUGUGUGAACAAUGUGGGAAAUGUUUUAUUUUUCUCAGUGCAUUCCAGUUCAUGAAAGAAUUCACGAGGGAAGCCAUAUGUAUACAAUAAAUAUGGAAAACCCAUUUUUUCACUUACCUUGAAAACCAUGAAAGAAUUCCCACUGUAGAGAAAGCCUAUGUAAGUAAUGUGUGAAAGCUUUGCACGCUUGUCAUAACAGAAAGAAAAUGUAUGAACUGAAAAUGAGAUUUAGUAUAAAUACCAAAUAUGAGAAAGCUAAGAAUCAGUAACAGAGACCAAGACAGUUGUGUUAGGAAUGAGAUACACUGUGUCAAAGCACACAUGCAGAGACAGUCUUCCAGUAUAUUCAUAGAUUAAUGCACUGGAGAGUUUGGUAAGUGCCUAAUAAUAUUAAAUUCAGAGUAAAGAAGCACAUUUGCAUCCAAGUCUUCAGUAUGUGGCCUUUAAGGGACAUUUUACAUGCAAGCCAUCACCUUAAUUAUUGGAUAAAGUAAAAUUCAUACAAUCAAAUUGUACUGAGUCAUAAGAGAAAGCUAAACCUUCAUUUGUGACAAAUGAGGUCAUUACAUGAGAUAUGCCAUGGAUAGAUAAGUGAAAGCUUGAUCAUACUGUUUUUAGCAUUUAAACUUGACCACUUUACAGAAACAUAGUGAUGGUUGCCACAUGUGUGGGUGGGGAAGUUGAGAGGUGUUAAUGAGAAAGCACAGUGUUUCCCUUGUAGAGUAGGAAGUGGCAUAGAUCCCAUAGUGACUGCAGUGAUUGAUGCAGUGCCAUAUCGCAUCACAAUUUGCUAAAAGUAGUUUUUAGUGUUUUCUCUAUAUAUGCAAAAGAUAAUUUUGUUAGGUGAUGCAAAUGCUACUGAGGAAGAAUGUGGUAAUUUCAUAAUAUAAACAGCAACAGAUUGUACUAUUCACUCUCAAUAUAUAAUUUUGUUUUUUUUUGUUUAAUGAAAUGAACACAAAGUUAGCAAAUAAUAUGACAGUGGUUUUAGGAUAUGUCCACAGAAUUUCUCCUUCAAUUUUUACAAAUGUAAUUUGGUUUCUACUGUGUUGAUUUCUGGAAGUAUUCAGUAUUAGUUCGUCUGAAGGUUAUAGAAUAUUAUUAAACUGAAAGGAUUCAGUAUUGUAGUAAAAUUUAUACUUGGUUACUUGGAAAUGUGGAAUAGUUUUUGAGGAUAUAUUUUGAAAAGGACAUCACAAAUUCAUUUCAUCCCAUUUUGACAAGAAGUUUUUAUAUGUAUGUAUGUUCAGAAAACUUUCUACAUUUUAAAAGCACUGAAGCUUAUCUGAUUUAAUUCUCUUAACAUUAUGUGUUCAAGAUAUAUCCAUUUUCCUACAAGUGUCUUGAAUUUAUCCUUCUUUAUGGCUAAGUAGUAUUCUAUUAUGUAUAGAUACCAUAUUUUCUUCAUUCAUUUCUUCAUGGAAAUAUACCAGGACGCAGAGAGAUAGCUCGUUGGCAAAUGAGAGGGAAUCAGGAGGCCAAAGAUGGGAAGAAGAGGAAAAAAAAAGGUUUGAUGUCAGGUACCAACUCUUCACAAUGAAUACAGCCUUUAUAUAUAACAAACAUGAACUAAAUAAUGAUAAUUAUAUGAAUAAUGAUGAGAAUGAAUUGGAGAUAGGGGGUCUGGAGAUAGGGGAUCUGGAGCCAAAGAGAGGGGAUCUGGAGGUAGGGGAUCUGGAGCCAGAGGAUGUUGAGAGAGGAUGGGAAGGGAAAUCAUAAGAAUCAAAAUAUUAAAUACAUAUGCCUGCUCCUAAGAUGAACAUGAACUGUAAUAAUUUAAAAGCUUAAUAUUUAAAUAUAUAGAGAUAUUUCAUACUUCUUUCCAUUUCCUAAAGAUUUAUCAGCGGAUGUAUUGAAAAUAUAUAAAGAUGUCAUUCAGACUCUGGGAACCAAUCUUCAUGCUGCAAGUUUCUUUAUAGUUUUGAAUUCCAUGUAAACAUUUAUGUUUGUCACAGGCUUCAACUAUAUGUAUUGACACAGACUAAUUUAAGCAGCAAUCCAUUGCAUACACUUCCAUUGGUUACCCAAGGCAGUGAUUAUGUGAGGAAGAAGAAAUAGGUAUACAUGUGCAUCAGGACAUGUGCGUCUAUCAGGUUGCAUUAGCAAAUGGAAGCAUGUAAUUUUUUAUUGAUCCUACUAUGGCUGUUGGUAUACCAUACCAUUCACUAAAGUAUAUUUAUAGACCUUACCUUAAUGCACUGUAGUAGAUGUAACCAAAAUAUCAUACAGUUGUUCACUCUAUGAAAUAAUUAUUUUUCACAGUUGUGAAGCCUAGGAAAUGUAGUAUCAAAGCACUGGCAAAUUAAAUAUCUAAUGAAGACAUUGUUUACAUAUGAUGACUUCCAGCCAAAUGGUCACAGGCAGGGUGUUGUACAAGGUGUCUUUGGCCUCUCUUUCAUAUGUUUAUAUGUCAUUAUUGAGGGCUCUUAACCCAUGACUCAAGUAAGUCCCAGAAACUCCACCUCCUUAUACCAUCAGCUUGGGAUGUAGGUUCUAAAACAUGGGUUCUAAACAUGGGGUAACUAGACAUCCAGAACACAGAAACCAUUGUAUGUGGUUAUAUACUAUAUUGAACAAUGUAGUGGGUGACACGAGGUUUUGUGCAUCCUCCAGCAGUUAUUAUGCUGAUAAGCAGUACACACUUAGAAGUACUUUGAAGGCACAAAUUUCAGUAAUCUUUUUCAGUUAGAAUUUAGAAGAAGUAAUGCAAUUAUAGAUGUCAUGAACUGAAUUAGAAAGUACUCCUGAAGGAAAGAUGAAUUUGAUCACCAUGUAUUUUGAUAUCCUCAAAGUAAAUAUUAAAAGUAAAUGACAGGGAUUUUUGCCAGGCUCAUAAAAUAAUUUCCCAUAUUAUCAGUACCUGCAGCUUCCUGAGAUGAUGAAGUGCUUACAAGUGUAAAAAACUUACAGAGGACAGAGAAAAGAAUGUUAAGGAUGCAGUUUUUGAGAUUAUCAGAGGAUCAGCAUAGAAUCUGCACUGUGGUGGCAAGAUUUAAUUUCACAAAGUCAGGCAAGUACAAUAUAUUUCCUAAUGCAAUUCAUUUCCCCACUUACGAUGUCCUUUCCAGAAAGGACAGGAGGUUCAGCAUGGGCACAUCUCAUUGCUUAGCUCAAAUACCUGAUUUCUAGCAAACCCACUCCAUUAACUUCUCCCAGUGAAUUCUACAUUAUCCAAAUAACAUAACCCUACUUGCCAUUUUCCACUUCCCCCUUCUACCUCAUAGUUUAGUGUACUAAUGUCUUCAUUGGCUUCUUUCUCUUUCAAAAUAAAAAUAUCUCAUUAGAUUUUUAAUAGCUACAUUUCAUAUCUGUGGACUCUUUUUUUGCAUCUUUCAGACUUAAUUUGUAAUAUAUGUGCUAAAGACCAGAAUUCUUUGUUUAGCAAGCAUGUCAGAAUUUCAAGUCUGCAUUCAAUGCCCUGUAAAAUACACUUAAGAAGAGAGGUCAACCAAUAUGCAGAUCUUUAUCCAUGCAUUAUACUUUGAAUCUUUUUAAGGACCUUUAAUGGUACAGUUCUGAUUGACAAGUUUUACUGAUUUGAUCCAUGUAGUCACCUGUCUACACCAGCUGUGAGAUUCAAUUCUUUAAUAAAUUAUCCCCAAAAAGGA